CCUGUGAGCCAAGUUUAUGUACACGUGUUACACGUUGUUGUGUUGGCCUAGUGGAAUCACGACCCCGCCGGGACUGAAAUCGAAUGCAAUGAUGAAAUCCUGUCGAUGUCCUUUGAAUCAUACCAGGUGACAACUGACACCAAUAAGAUGUGGCCAAGUGGCUCAGACAUUUCGUCAUAACUUGUGUGAGUGCUAUGACUGCAGGCACCACUGCUGUGCUGCUUAUAAUAAGCAUCUGUGCGGUAUCCAGAGCAUCAUCAGUGGUCUCUAUGGAAACAGAUUGGAGUACCUCCUUGGUGCCUGAAUCCUUUAAGGAGAGCGACAUACCAGGCGUGCCAGAUGCAGAGCCUGAUGAUGCGCAGGAGGAGCCCCAAAUUGGGAUCUAUCUGGGUUACACUCACUCCAGUGUGGCUGUGCACCAGAAUGGUACAGUCCUAGUGCUUCGAGAUGAGCUAGGAAACAAGAUGGUCCCAUCGUGUGUCGCAUUCACAGAGGGAGGGGAUGUCUUGGUGGGUGAAUCGGCUCGGCGAUAUCAGAUUGAUCAACCAGAGAGCACAAUGUAUCAAGCAAAGAGGCUCAUUGGCCGAACCUGGGAUGACCCAGAGGUCAAGAAAUUCAUGGAGAGAUUUCCCAUCAAGGUGGUUGAGAAGGAGAAACUUCCAUACUUUGAAGUAAAAGUUGGAGAAAACAAAAGGAUAAUUUCCCCCCAGGAGGUUACCUCAAUGAUAAUAUCAAAGUUGAGGAGCAUGGCUGAAGAUUUCCUUGGCACAGACAUCACAGAGGCUGUGAUAGGAGUACCAAGCUACUUCAAUGACCAGCAACGUCAGGCCACCAAGGAAGCUGGUACUGCAGCGGGAAUUGAUGUCAAGAGACUAAUCCCUGAAUCGACCUCUGCCGCAGUUGCGUAUGGUUUGGAUCGCAUGGAGACGCAUAGAGAUGAGGUUUAUGUCCUUGUCUAUGACCUUGGCACUACCACAUUGGAUGUAUCGCUCUCAGUGAUUGAGACUGGCGUAUUUGAGAUAAUGGCCGCUGCUCAUGACCAUGAUUUGGGUGGACGUGACAUCAACCAGCCUGUUAUGGACUACCUCCUGGACCAGUUCCAAGAGACAAUGGGCAAAGUCCUCAGCGCAGACAGUGCUGCCAUGCACCGGCUUCGUCAGGAAGUAGAGCUGUCUGCGUUAGCCUUGACGGCCAACCCUCAUGCUUACAUCGAGAUUGAAUCAUUUUACGAAGGCCAGGACUUCUCACAGAUCCUCAUAAAGGAUAAAUAUGAGGAAUUGACCAUGGAGAAGUUGCGUUUGUGGUCACAGCAUCUUGUGAAGCAAGUCUUGGCCGAUUAUCACCUUCCGAUGCCCCAAGUCAAUGUUGUCCUUGCUGGCAAUGCACUACUCUUGCGACGUAUGCAACCAUUUUUGCAAGAGAUGUUUGACAGUACAGAGUUGACUGUCAGAGCGGACUUGGAAGACGCCUUUGUCUCUGGCCUCGCUGAGAUAGCUCAUUCUUCAGCAAAAGAAGGUGACACACUGUGCCGUUGUUCAUGGGCUCCGCAAUCUGUGGGCAUCGAGACCGCUGGGGGUGCCAUGCAUGUACUCCUUGCUAAAGACGCCUUCCUAUACCAAGAAGUUUCAGAUAUGUUCACAACCGCGAUGGACAACCAGUCAACUGUUACAAUCAAGAUUUAUGAAGGUGACCGACCAGUUGCAAAGGACAAUUUUUUCUUGGGUUCCUUUGACCUCAGUGGUCUGCAGCCGGCACCAUGCGGCGUACCGAGCAUUAACAUCUCACUUUUGAUGGACGUCAACGGCAGAGUCCACGUAAUGGCUAAGGAAUUACAUUCUGGGAGGGUAGUCAGUUUCCCCAGCGACGACGAUGCAAGGUUAUCAUGUGACUACCGUCACACUGAUGAUGAUUCCAAAGCAGCUACCCAAGAGGAUAAGCUAGUGAAAGAGCGACUGCAAUCCUUGAACUCUUUGCAAAGCUAUGCUUACACCGUGAAUAGAAAGUUAAGGGGUCAUGAGAAAGAUCUUUGGAAAACUCUGACAUCGAGAGACAAGGAAACCCUCACGCAAGCUGUGGAUAAAACACUGAAGUGGCUGCAUGAUAAUCGGCAAGCAGACAAGGACGAUUUUGACAAGCGAAGGAAAGAACUGUGGGAUAUAGUGCAGCCCAUUACUGAAGUGUACAAACGAUCUGAAUCUGAGAGAAAUGAAGAAUCUAAGGAUGAGUUUUGAAAUCGUCAUAAUGAUGGCAAAUAAAAUCAAUUCCUCCUAAAAUUA